AUGAGCCCCGGGCUGAUCCUGCUGUGCGCCCUGCUGGGUGCUGCCUCGGGAAACCGUAUGCGGUGCUACGACUGUGGCGGGGGCUCUGGCAACUCCUGCAAGGAGACGGUGAUCAUGUGCGGUGAGGGCGAACGCUGUGGCUUCCUGGAUCGCAAACCCCAACAGGGACAGAACAAGCUCCCUGCCAACCCCCCAGUGACCUUUAUUCAUCACCAUCCGGCCUGUGUGGCUUCCCAUCAUUGCAAUCAAGUGGAAACAGAGCUGGUAGGAGACGUGACUUACACAACCCAGAGAGACUGCUGCAUCGGAGACCUUUGCAACAGUGCCGUGCCAAGCACCAUGGCCUCUGCAUGCAUCACGGCUGUGGCAGCCGCCGCCCUGGCAUGGCUCUUGCCUGGACUGUGGUUGAGAUAG